AUGGGACAAAGAAUCACUAAAUUUCGCAUCUGUGCUGAAUGUCACAAACCAACUUUGACAACGUAUUGGAAUUGGUGUCAAAGUUGUAAUUCCUCUCAUUUUUGUGAUAAUUUUUCGAAUUGGUCUAGUAAUAAUCCUCACCUGGAUCAAUUAAUUCAAGAAGUUCAAUUACAAGCAGAAUGUAGUGAACAAGUAAUAGAAUGGAUACCUUUUGAAAAGUUUAAGAAUAUUAAAUUUAUGGCUCAGGGUGGUUUCGGUGACAUAUCUUAUGCUAUUUGGGAGGAAGGACAAAUUUAUAAUUGGGAUGUGAAACGAAAUAAUUGGAGGAGAAGAGGUGAACAUACUGUUGCCUUAAAAAGAUUGAAAAAAACAGAAUACACUUCUGAUGAUGUUUUGAAUGUGUUAAAAUCAUUACACUCAGUAACUCGUCAAAAAAUCUCUUUCGAAGUGGUUCAUUGUUUUGGCAUAAGCAAAGAUCCAAAAACCAAUGAAUAUAUAAUAGUAAUGUCAUUCGCUGAAAAUGGUGGCCUUCGAAACUACCUAAUAAAUCAUAAUUUAAAUAUAGAUUGGCCAACUCGAAUCAGUUUCUUAUUAAAAAUCCUUCAAGGUCUUGAAAUAAUUCAUAAUACUGGGUUAAUACAUGGUGAUUUUCAUAGUGGUAAUAUAUUAAUGGGAAAAAAGUAUCCGAUGAUUUCGGAUUUUGGUUUAAGUCUUCUCCAGAGUGAUGAACAAUUUGAUCGAGAAGAAUCUUCAAGCUUUGAUAGAACACCUGAAAUAUUAAAUGGUUAUCCACCCUCUGUUGCUUCAGAUAUUUAUUCUUUCGGAAUGAUAAUGUACGAAUUAUUAACUCUCAAACAACCAUUUCAUGAUAUUCCACAUACACUAUCUUUAAUUUCAUGUGUCGUAUCAGAUAAUCUUCGUCCUUCGUUAAUCAAUGUUCAACAUCCUAAAUGUUGGAUCGCAUUAAUGAAACAAUGUUGGGACGCUGAUCCUGCAAGACGACCAACUUGUGAUGACUUGAAAAUGAUAUUGGAUAAGUGGUACGCUUUGAUAUGUACUAAUGUUAUCGGUAAUCGGGUUGAUUUAGAAACAUUAAGAGAUUUUAGAGAUGCUGAAAAUGUGAGAAUUAAAAUGAUAGAGACGAAUGAUGAUGGGAUGUUUGAGACCGGUGAAUUUAAUAGGCAUAAAGAUGCUGUUUAUACUAGUAGAUUGAUUCCUACAAUGACUCUUGCUCAAAACUUGGAAAAAAAGAUGAAUCGAGAAGAUAUUGAAGAUUAUAUAAAUUCACAAUAUAAUCUCAUAAAUCCAUCUCAAGCUGGUAAUACCAAAAGCAAAAUAAAAAUUCAAUAUGAACAAUGGUAG